AUGGAAAAUCAGCAUAUGCCAUAUAUUGAAAUAUCACAAGAAAAUUCUAACUCGCAAAAGUGUGAGGUGAGAACUCUGUUGAACAUCUACUGGUUGCUGGUUGAUGCUGUACACCAGGCGAAUGCCUUCUAUUGCGAUCAGCUGAUGGCCACUACCUCAUAUUUGAUAUUCAGUAUCGUAUUCAACCUAUACUAUGCUGUCUUGACUUAUGAGUCAGGUAACUACAUAAAGUUUAUAUUCCCAUUUAUCUGGGCUUUGGCUAGCAUUAUUUAUAUGGUGGUGAUGGUUCGAUCUGCCGAUGACGUCACUAAGUCAAUUGAUAAGAUUAUCAUAACGAUCUGCAAAAAGAUCCAUAAGGAUAUUAAUCCUGCUAUGAGGACACAGUUGGAGAGGUUUCUUCUCCAAGUAACUACCGACACACCUACAUUUUCUGGACUUCACCUCUUCAAAAUUAAAAACGAUAUCCUAACUAAGAUAGCAGGAGCAGUGACCACCUACUUGGUAAUUCUGCUUCAGUUCCAGAAUCAGAAAGAGGAAAUUUAA